CAUGGUCUAAAUUUUAUUUCAGGCAAUGAUAUAUUAAUGAUAUUUAUGUUUGGGAAGAUUUUAAUUCGUCACAAUAAUGAAAAUGUGGUUAGAUUUUGCUGAGUGCCUGAAGGACUCUCCAAAAUUCAGAAGCACAUUAGAAGACCAUGAACACUCCAUUACAGAACUGGAAAACCAUCUUGAAAAGCUUGUAAAGAUCUCUACGCAAGUGGUGGAUGCAGGAAAGCACUACAGUCAUGCUAUGGGGUCACUUAUUAACAGUUUUGAUAGCUUGGCGACAUUGUUUUACGAGGAUACAUUUGUGUCUACAGCUUUGAAAAAAUUAAAUACUGUACUUGGCGAAUUGCAGACAUUUUUAAUAGUCUUCUUGGAACAAACCCAAAAAUCCAUUACUAUUAGUUUAAAUCAUUUUAUUAAGGAGGAUAUAAAGAAAGUUCGAGAAACAAAAAAGGUUUUCGACAAAAUUAGUGACGAUUUGGAUAGUGCAUGUAUUCGAAACAGCCAGUUAUUGAAGACAUGCAAAGCAUCUGAUGCUGAAGAGGCGGAAAAUGUUUUGACGGCUACUCAGUCAUGCUUUCAUCAUACAGCAUUAGAUUAUACAUAUUUAAUAAAUAGCUUACAGUCAAAGAGAAGAUUUCACAUAUUAAGUCAGACCGUCAUGUUUGUAAAUGGUCACUUUACGUACCAUAAACAAGGAUAUGAGGCACUUACAAAAUUUGAAACAUACCAAAAACAACUUUCUACACAGUUAGAAGAAUUGCAAGCUGAAUAUUUAUCAGAUCAUAAAGAGAUGGAUGAAAGACACACGUUAGUCCAUACAAAAAAUUUAGAAUUUGAAAAUAUUUUAAACCAAAGCCUUCCCACAAAAAGAAACAUUAUAAUUAUGGAAGGAUAUUUAUUCAAGCGAGCUAGUAACGCAUUUAAAACAUGGAACAGGCGAUGGUUUGUGAUACAAAACAACAAAUUAUAUUACACUAGAAGGUCAAAAUCAGAAGGUAUAACAGAAAUGGUUGAUCUGAGAUUAUCUACUGUCAAACAUGCCCAGGAUAUGGAUAGACGAUUUACAUUUUCUGUGGUUUGUCCAACAAAAUGCUGGUAUUUGCAAGCUGAUAAUGAACGUUUAAAAGAAAAAUGGAUGUCUGUCAUGCAGAUGGCUAUUGCAAGAGCUUUAAACGAUCCCGAUCAAGGUGGCGAUUUUUCUUCAGAGGACACAUUAGAAAAACUUCAUCCACAAUACCUUUUAACACAGAUUCGUGAUUUGUCAGGAAAUGAUACAUGUGCUGAUUGUUCUCUUCCAAAUCCAAAAUGGGCAAGCAUCAAUUUAGGGAUAGUUGUCUGUAUUGAAUGUUCUGGAAUUCAUAGGUCUCUUGGUGUUCAUAUUUCAAAAGUGAGAUCAAUAACGCUUGAUGAUUGGGAUCCAGAAUCAAUAAAACUUUUAGUUGAACUUGGAAAUGAUGUUGUUAAUAAUGUGUACGAAGCAGAAGUAGACGCAUCUUUGAAAAAACCAACUCCUUCUAGUUCAAGACAAGAAAAGGAGGCUUGGAUUCAAGCAAAGUAUGUUGACAAAAAAUUUGUUACCAAAGUCAAAUCAACCAAUGGUAACCUGAAAAGUCGAUUGAAACGAGGAAAUAUCAUCAAACGCGGUAGCGAUGGUCGAUUAAGAGCGUACACGAUCGAUAAAAUUAACGUGUUAGAAGGUAGUCCUAAAAACGAAAGGAGAGUGGAUGAUAGCCCUAAAGUGGACAGAUCCGCAUCUCUGAAAGAACUUCUGCAUAAUACAUCCUCUGGUGAUUCCUUUUGUACUGGGACAGAUUCAGAAGAUGAUCAUGACGUCACAAGUCUACAUCCUAAUAUGUUACUGUAUCAAGCAUCAAGAAGUAAGAACAUUUCCAUGAUGUUACUUGCAGUUGCCAAUGGUGCUGAUGUGAAUUGGAGAAAUUAUGAGAGUGAGGAAAGAACUGCUCUCCACGAAACUGUCAUUUCGGGUUCAGUGACGGCUAGCGAGUUUCUGUUGCAAAAUGCUGCGCAGGUCAACAUCACAGACAAGCAAGGUCGAAGUGGGCUGCAUUACGCUGCCAUGCAUGGUAGCACUGGUCACACUUGCUUAUUUUUAAAACGCGAUGCCGAUCAAAAGGCUUUAGACAAAAAUGAACAAGACCCGCUGAUGAUUGCUUUAAAAAACGAGAACGCAGACAUAGUAACAUUACUUCGUUUGGCUCGUCUUCAUGAGGAAAUAAAAGAAACUGAUAUCACAAUGGGAGGAGAUGAAACUGUGACAAACGUGUUUCGUGACUUCUCUAACAUGGCAUCACAGCAACCAGAACGAUUAACACGUGACCGGCAUACGAACGUAUAAUAGUUUUUUUUAAAAAAAGAAAUUUCUGAAAAAGGUUUAAUUAGGAACUUUUUCUAACCUGCAGUUGAUACUAACGUGUAGUAUACUAUAGUGGUUGAUUUCGCCUUAUACACAAAGGUUUGUUUACUGUUUUUUUUAUUUACCAUUGUUGAUCCUCUUACCAAGGAAAUCAAUUCCCAAAAUCUCUAAAUCUAUUUUUUUAUUAUUAUUAUACAGAAUUGUCGGUCUUCUCAGCGAAAGUUUUUU